UCAUGAAGUUCCUGACCGCUAAGGAGGUGCGCGAUACCUACCUGAACUUCUUCAAGGAAAAGCAGCACAUCUAUGUGCACUCCUCCAGCACGAUACCGUUGGAUGAUCCCACGCUGCUGUUUGCCAACGCCGGCAUGAAUCAAUUCAAGCCCAUUUUCCUAGGCACAGCCGAUCCCAACAGUGAGAUGUCCAAAUGGGUGCGCGUAGCGAACACGCAGAAGUGCAUUCGGGCUGGCGGCAAGCACAACGAUUUGGACGAUGUGGGCAAGGAUGUUUACCAUCACACGUUCUUUGAAAUGUUGGGCAAUUGGUCAUUUGGCGACUACUUCAAGAAAGAGAUUUGCACCUGGGCUUGGGAAUUCCUUACGGAUCGUUUGAAUUUGCCCAAGGAUCGCUUGUAUGUAACCUAUUUUGGCGGCGAUGCUGCCAGUGGCCUGGAGCCGGAUCUGGAAUGCAAGCAAAUGUGGUUGGAUUUGGGCUUGAAGCCGGAGCACAUAUUACCCGGCAGCAUGAAGGAUAAUUUCUGGGAAAUGGGCGAGACGGGCCCGUGUGGUCCAUGCUCUGAGCUGCAUUUCGAUCGCAUUGGCGGACGCAGCGUGCCUGAGCUAGUCAACCAGGAUGAUCCCGAUGUACUAGAGAUUUGGAAUCUGGUGUUUAUACAGUAUAAUCGCGAAUCCGAUGGCAGCCUCAAGCAGCUGCCCAAAAAGCACAUCGAUUGCGGCAUGGGCUUCGAGCGCUUGGUUUCGGUCAUACAAAAUAAACGCUCCAACUAUGAUACGGAUUUGUUUAUGCCGCUCUUUGAUGCCAUCCAGGCAGGCACUGGUGCACCGGCUUACCAAGGACGCGUUGGCGCCGAUGAUGUCGAUGGCAUCGAUAUGGCCUAUCGUGUCCUGGCCGAUCAUGCUCGUACCAUAACCAUAGCCUUGGCCGAUGGCGGUAAUCCCGACAAUACGGGCCGCGGCUAUGUUCUGCGCCGCAUCCUUCGUCGCGCAGUGCGCUAUGCCACGGAGAAGCUAAAUGCCAAGCCUGGCUUCUUUGCCACUCUGGUGAACACAGUCGUCGAAUUGCUGGGCGAUGCUUUUCCCGAGGUCAAAAAGGAUCCACAGCAAAUUAUGGACAUCAUUAACGAGGAGGAGCUGCAGUUCCUAAAGACGCUAACACGUGGUCGCAAUUUGCUUAAUCGCACAAUUGAGAAGCUGGGCGCCAAUCAGACCACCAUACCCGGCGAUGUGGCUUGGCGUUUAUAUGAUACAUAUGGCUUUCCUGUGGAUCUCACCCAGCUGAUGGCCGAGGAAAAGUCGCUGCAGAUUGAUAUGGCUGGCUACGAUGCGGCCAAACAUAACUCGUAUAUACUCUCCCAGGGCAAAGGCGCUAGCAAAAUCGAAGAGAUCAAUCUAGACGUGCAUGCCAUAUCGCAGCUGCAGGAUCAAGGUGUGCCGCCCACAAAUGAUUCCUUCAAAUACAAAUACGAGGCUGUUUCCAACGAGCGCGACUCCGCCUACAAUUACAGCGAGUGUACCAGCAAAAUUGUCGCGUUGCGGUAUGAGAAUAAAUUUGUCCAGGAGAUCAGCAGCGGCCAGAAGGCCGGCAUUGUGCUGGAUAAGACGAACUUCUAUGCGGAAAGCGGUGGCCAGAUCUAUGAUCAGGGUGCGCUAGUCAAGCUGAACGACGAGGCAAAUGAAUUUCUGGUGGAUCGCGUUUACAACCGUGGUGGCUACAUACUCCACAUUGGCGUAGUCGAAGGCACUCUAGCAGUUGGCGAUGAAGUGCAGCUGCAUAUCGAUGCCGAGCGUCGUUGGCUAACCAUGAAGAAUCAUUCGGCUACGCAUGCCCUGAAUCAUUGUCUGCUGCAGGUGCUGGGCAAGGAUACGGAACAGAAGGGCUCACUGGUGGUGCCAGAGAAACUUCGUUUCGAUUUCAACAGCAAGGCGGCCAUGACCAUCGAACAGGUUGCCAAAACGGAGCAACUGACUCGCGAUAUGGUGUACAAAAAUAUGCCCAUCUAUGCCAAGGAGUCGCAGUUGGCAUUGGCCAAGCGUAUACGCGGCCUGCGCUCGGUCUUCGAUGAGGUCUAUCCGGAUCCGGUGCGUGUCAUCUCGUUUGGCGUGCCUGUCGAUCAGCUCGAAUCGCAGCCUGAUGCCGAGGCGGGUGAGCAGACUUCUGUGGAAUUCUGUGGCGGCACACAUCUGAGAAACUCUGGCCACAUCAUGGACUUUGUCAUCAGCAGCGAAGAGGCCAUAGCCAAGGGAAUUCGCCGUAUUGUGGCUCUGACGGGCCCUGAGGCUCUGAAAGCUCUCAAGAAAUCCGAAGCAUUUCAGCAGGAAAUCAGCAAGCUGCAGGCGACCAUUGAAGCUGACAAGACUGGCAAGGAUUCCAAGCUGUAUGUGAAGCAAAUUGUCGAACUAACCGAACAAAUCUCGCAUGCAACCAUACCCUAUGUGAAGAAGGACGAGAUGCGCAAUCUGCUCAAGUCGCUGAAGAAGACGCUCGAUGAUAAGGAGCGUGCGCUGCGUGCCGCCGUCUCGGUUACGGUUGUGGAGCGCGCCAAGGCCUUGUGUGAGGCCAAUCCGCAGGCAAAUGUUUUGGUCCAGCAACUGGAGGCUUAUAACAAUACCAAGGCGCUGGACGCUGCCCUGAAGCAGGUGCGCUCUCAAUUGCCUGACGCUGCGGCCAUGUUCGUUUCCGUCGAUGCCGACUCCAAGAAGAUCUUUUGCCUGUGCUCGGUGCCCAAAAGCGCCGUUGAGAAGGGUCUGAAGGCCAACGAGUGGGUGCAGCAUGUCUCACCCGUCUUGGGCGGCAAAGGUGGCGGCAAACCCGAGUCUGCUCAGGCCUCCGGCAGCAACUUCGAGCGCGUCGAUGAGAUUGUGCAAUUGGCCAGUAAAUUUGCCCAGACAAAGCUGAACUAAAUCGCAUUCAAUACAACAUUUGCAUACUCAACAAACUAUUCAUAUUACACAAAAAAAAUAUAUUGUAGACUGUUGCGAACAGUCAAAUAUGCUGCAUUUCAAGUGAACUUUUGCUUAUUUAUAUAAAUAAUAUUAAACAUUUUAUAAAUUUUCUAAUUAUUGGCGAAAAAAAUGUUGUUUGAGAA